AUGCAUAACUUGAAGUUAGAUGAAGUUAUAGAGGAAAUGGAUGAUUGUUGUGAACUUGUCGGUUUGAUGCACGAAUGUGUGUACCCAGAAGGUGGAAGGCAUGAUCGUUGGAUUCGAUCCUUCAUCGCAAUGAAUGCAGAUUCAAUAGGACUACAGCUGAUCGUGGAUAUAACAAAGCGACUAGAGACUCAUCCGAACUCAUUUAGUCGAUUCCGUUCAACAUUUUUUUCAGAGCCCAACUUUAUUUCUCGUAUAAAAGACAAUAUCAUAGCCUUACCACCAGAGGACUUUGUUUCCUUCGCACGCACGUUUUGGGGGCUCGCAUGUGGCCCUCAGGACUUGUAUUCUGAUCUGGAACCAUUAGCAUAUUCUUUCAGCUCCGCAGUUUCUGCUUCUCUCCGUGCUGCAUCUGAUCCUUUUGAAUUAAUGCUUUGUUUAGCUGAAUGCAACUUACCAUUAUCACAUAACAGUUUGAGAGAGCUUUCCACGGAACUAAUCAUAGCCUCAAAGAAACUCUCUCGUGAAAAAAUUCAAUUACUUAUUGGCCUUAUUGCGACACACCGCCAAUCGAAACAUAAAUCUUGGGUGAUUGCUCUUCAACAAUCGUAUCUCAAUGAGGCAUUAUCCGACGAUGCAAGGAAAGAAGUUGUUUAUUUAAUAAAAAUAUUAGCACAUAUGAAAGUUGAGCCGAUACCGCAAAUUAUUCAAUUGAUUGUUGGAUUUAUUCCUCAGCUGCCAGGCGCUGAGCUUCUUUCCCUUGCACGAUCAAUUUGUCAGUAUCCACCAGACAUGCAAUCACGAACAGGUUUGACUAAUGUGCUUAAUGGUAUUGAAAAGAAAUUAAACAUCGAUAUGGUCUCGAAAAUUAGUAAUUUCGAGGAAAGAGCACAGCUAAUUGCUUGCCUGUCGCAACUCAAUUUGCCUAAAACAAAGCAGUUGCUUUUAGAUCUUUUGCUGUGCUGUAGUCUUUCGACGAUAACGACCAAAGGUAUAGCACUUUCUUGCAUUGCGAUGAACAGUAUGUGCCACUAUCCUGUCGAAGCUGCAAUACUGUGCAAAGCGGAUCUAGAUCUUUCAACAAUUGGACAAGAUGAGGCAAUUCAUAUUCUUUAUGCUUUUAUGCAUUUAGGUAGUGCUGUAGAUAAUUUCCUAGUUAGAAAAGCUUACGGGAAAUUUCUGAAGAGAGCUUUUACUCAGCGAAAAUGUGAUUUUCAGGGCAAAUUUAAUGUUUAUCGAGAUUCCUUAAUCCUUUUAGCUGUUUCUAUGGUGCAACUACAUGAAAAUGGGGAGUUAAAGGAAGUGGGAGGAAUCGUUCAGAAUCUUUUGGACAAAAGCCUUUUUGAUAAAGACGAAAAAAUCGUUUUCCUAUCAAAAUUAAAGGAUUCUGGUGAGUCUAGUUAUGAUAUAAGAAAAAACGUUGUGAUAGAUGUGAUCAGUAACCUUACCGAAGACUUUUUGUCAUUUGAAUAUCAACUCAUUCUGAAAACGUUGUCUGACCUCUGUGUUCGAGAUGCUAACGCCUUCGAAAAAGUAUUGAAGUACCUUAAAAAAUCAAAACCUUCAAUACAUGACAUUCUGUGUGCAGCAAGAGCCGCUCAUACAUUACAACUGAUUCCACAGUUUGAGGCUUCAAACAUUAUUGAAGCGUACAGUGGUUUAUCCGCAUGCGAAACGAAGGAUGUGUUUCUUCUGAUGCGUUUGUGCACACCAACACAGCGCAAUAAAAUCAUUGGGCAUCCUCGAAUUAGAAAUAUUUUAAAUCUUGUUGAUUUGACAAAUAUUUCGACAGCUGAUCUGUUUAUUAUGUUUAAUUCAUUCUCGGGUGAGCGAAAAGGUAUGAUUCUUGAACAGCUGGUCUUCCGUUCUCCUUUAGGAGAAAACGAUAUUGAUGCUGAAGAGGUCAUUAUAGCUUUAGAAGAGCUCCGAGAGGAUGCAACUGUGGAUAAUUUCGAAGGUGUAUUUCGAGUAGGAAGUCGUGCACUUCAGAAGGUUAACGAAACUCAGCUUAUUCGACUCUUCAAUUGUGUGAAGCAUCUAAAAAAGGGUCCGAAUGUUGUUUACCGUGUAAUAGGUAGUGUUUUACUGAAAAUGAUUGAUAAAAUUUCGGUGGAUUGUGUUAUAAUGUGGCUUUGCUUGUACUUUGAAGGUCGCAUUCGAGACGAUAGUGUGGGUAGGGCAUUGACUAGGAAAGCCCUUAGACACUCAAUAUUUCUUUCGGAUGAAACUGUAAAAAAAUUGAAACGCGCCGCAAAGUUCUACGGAGUGACACAUGAUCCACAGACUCAUAACAGGGGGAAAAAUAGGGAAACUUAUUCCAUUGAUUUCUUUAAUUUAUGA